UCUCUUCUCUCUUCUCUGUCUAUUCCCAUUCUUGGAAAGAAGCAAUAAUGGCGAAUCAAGAAAGAAAUACAGAGGCCACCGAUGAUGCAAUGUCAUCGUCUUCGGACUACAAUCUCUUUCUCCCCAUGGACAUCAUCGUCGACAUUCUCAAUCGUCUCCCUAUCAAAUCUCUCGUUCGAUUCAGGUGCGUAUGCAAAACCUUCCGCCACCUCAUCUCUAACCCUACCUUCAUCUCCUCCCACCUCCUCCACCACCGCACCACCACCAUUUUCACCUUCAAACACCGCACCACCUCCUCCUCCACACUCUCUCUGUUGCAAUCGCCCUCAUCGUCUGAAAACCCUAUCAAUCUGGUCCACCCCUUUCCCAACCGCACUCGCGAUCUACACCUAAUCGGCUCCAUCAAUGGCCUCCUCUGUGUCUGUCUCUCGAACCAUCCACUCCAUUGCCAUCGACGCAUCAUCCUCCUCCUCUGGAACCCUGCUACCAAACUCUUCAAAUCUCUCCCCCCUCCCACCAUCAAAAUUCCUCGUAGGUUUUUUCAAUUCUCUCUCGGGUUCGGAUUCCGAUUCCAUUCUACUACUUCUUCCAGUGACUACAAGGUCGUAAGGAUAGUUUCUUUCAAGUCACAGACCCGAGUCGAGGUAUACUCUUCAAUUUCUGAUUGUUGGAGAGAGAUUCAGGUAAUGGAUUUGCGCUUUCAUAUCCAUAAAUUGUCUUGUGAGGUGAUUGUCAAUGGAGCUCCGUAUUGGUUGCUUUCAACUGCUUCAAAUCAUUGUCUUUGCUUCACAUGGUUUGAUGUUCAAAAUGAGGCUUUUGUCAUGCUGCCGGCGCUCGAUUUUUCUGGGUUCUACAACGGGACUUCUGUUGACUGGAAAUUAAUGGAUUGGAAAGAUAAUGCUGCUGUGGUUGUGUGUUGUCCUGGCAACCCAUGUGUUGAUGUGUGGAUGCUAGAGGAUCGUUGUGGCGGUGAGAGCAAUUGGUGUAGGAAAUUUGUGAUUGGACCUGUUAUGGGUGUUGAACGGUUUUGGUUGUUACAAUGCACGAAGAAUGGUGAGAUUAUAGCAGAAGAUGCACGGGGAAGGAUAUUCUUGUACAGCCCCCAAAGUGGAGAGACUAAGGAUAUUCCAAUCAAUGGAGUUCAGUUCAGAGCUUUUCACUAUGUAGAGAGUUUGGUUUCGAUCAAAGGAUUCAAACAACAAGAACUGAACAAUCAGCACUAACGUUCUGCAAAGGUGACAUGACUCCCGAUGUCCAUUUUCAAAAGGAUUUGGGAUUGGAUAGCUUUGACAAUGUGGAGAUUGUAUUGCCUCUAGAAGAGGAGUUCGAGCUAGAGAUUCCAAAUAAAGAAACUAAUAAGAUUGACUCCUGUUUUCUUGCAAUUAAGUAAAUCUAUAACCAUCCAAUGGCUAGUUAAUAUUAGCGAAUUCCACUGAUUUGAGUUCCAAUCCUGUUUCAGUUAUUUAUACUAUACUUCAAAAACAAUUGUUCUAGUACUUUCUUUCUUUGAUUUUGGUGUUAGUACGGAAUUUUAUCCCAGUUAAGGGAUGGAAUGGAGAUAAUUGGAGUUUUGUUUGUGUAGUUUGUAGGCUGCUUUGCUAUGCUUCUGCUUAACAAUAUCUAAUAUUUCCUUCCUAUAAUUGAAUUGGUAUAAUUCCUGAUGU